AUGUUGCCACGACUUUAUGCCCAACAACGACUACGACAUGCCGCUGCGCAUCAUUGUCGACGAAUGUAUACAGCCAAACCGGAAGCAUCACCGGUAGAUUUUCGGCAGCCUCCAGCUGUGUUGGGUUUACGAGAAGCUCCCAAUGUUGACAGACAUGGCUGGAUAGACCGUAAAAAGCAAAAGUUACGCGACUUGGUAAACUACGAGAAAGCUUUUGCAGCUCACGCAGCUGAACGUCGCCACUUGGUCGAGGAAGCUACAAAGUCAUAUUUCUCGGAUGCACACGAAAUGAGAAAGCAUGGUGGCAAAAUGUAUCAUGCGUCCGACAAACUUAUUAAAGCCGAUAGAGCAGGAUACAUGCCUGACUUUGAAGGCGUUAAUCUUAACAAGCAACCAGUACAUACCACCGAUUUACUUGCUGGCAAGGUUUCGUUGAUGUCUUUCGUAUACGCCAAAUAUGGUGAGGCGCAUGUAAACUCAUACGUUGAGCCAUUCCUUAAACACUUUAAAGAUAAUCAAAAAGUCCAGCUUGUCGAGGUUAAUGUGCAAGAGAACUUGAUGAAACAAUGGCUGUUGAAAGCCUUUAUUCCUAGCAUCCGCAAAAAUUUGCCAGAGGAACGGAAGGCAAACUAUACGCUUCUGCUUAAAGACAUCUCUCGAACACGUAAAAUGCUGGACAUGUCGAACCAAUAUAUCGGAUACGUAUAUUUGGUGGACGAAAAAUGUCGAAUUCGUUGGACCGCUCACGGCAAUGCCACUGAACAAGAAGUUGCAAAUAUGCUUGGCAUGAUCGAAUAUAUGAGUUCAACAUCGUCAUGA